GCUGCAGCCAUUCGAUCCGGAGGAGCCUUUGUCUUAACCCCCCGUCCCCUUCUGCUAGUCUUCGCCGGGUCAGUAGCGCGUGGAGUAAUUAAUAUUCUGAACAGUAGCCGUCCCUUCAGCCCGGCACCAGCCAACCCUGCUGUCCCCUCCCUGCGGCUUCUCUCCAUCACUUGCUCACGUCCUCUCUUCCGAAACCGUGGAACGUGGUCCAGGCCCGCGAAGCAAGAGGAGGUCACGAGACGCGCUCCGAGGCAGUCACGUAAAAUGAAGGGUUAAGCGUUCGAACCUGCACCCGCCCUCCCGCGAGGAGACGGAAGAACUUUCUUGAUUAGCAUAGUAUCUACCCCGGGGCCGCGCUGCGAGGCGGCGGCUGGGCUCGGCGCGGCCGGCCGGGGGGAGCGUGCACUCGCGUCUCGGCCGUGCCUUGACGCAGCACCUGCUUCUAAUCUGAGAGGACCCGAGGCUUGCAGCUUUGCCGAACAGGACUCUGUGGAAUGAAACAGAACAGAGAUCAAAAGGUCCGGUUCUUACUGGAAAGAUCGAAGUUCACUGUCAUGCCUGGUUUCUGCACGGUUGUUAAGGAGACGGGUAGAAACUUUCAUUCCCAUGAUGACUCACGUGCGCAGGCCGUGGGGAAACCCAGCAGAAACUAACUGGGAGCAGCCUGUAUCCCCCUUCUCAGCGGUACAGUUCAUCUCGACAGCCAGGGAGAGAGCCUGGAUGCUCAAGUUGGGGAAUGGCGGUCAAUGUGUAUUCUACCUCGAUAACCCAAGAAACUAUGAGCAGACAUGACAUCAUCGCAUGGGUUAAUGACAUAGUAUCUUUAAACUACACUAAAGUGGAACAGCUUUGUUCAGGAGCUGCCUAUUGCCAGUUUAUGGACAUGCUCUUCCCAGGCUGCAUUAGUUUGAAGAAAGUAAAAUUUCAAGCAAAGUUGGAGCACGAGUAUAUUCACAAUUUUAAGCUUCUGCAAGCGUCGUUUAAGCGAAUGAAUGUUGAUAAGGUGAUCCCAGUGGAGAAGCUGGUGAAAGGACGUUUCCAGGACAACCUGGAUUUCAUUCAGUGGUUUAAGAAAUUCUAUGAUGCUAACUAUGACGGGAAAGAGUAUGAUCCUGUAGAAGCACGGCAAGGGCAAGAUGCAAUCCCUCCCCCUGACCCUGGCGAACAGAUCUUCAACCUGCCGAAAAAGUCUCACCAUGCAAACUCCCCCACCGCAGGUGCGGCUAAAUCAAGCCCAGCGUCUAAGCCAGGAUCCACACCUUCUCGUCCCUCAUCAGCUAAAAGGGCUUCGUCCAGCAGCUCAGCAUCCAGAUCUGAUAAAGAUUUAGAAACACAGGUCAUACAGCUUAAUGAACAGGUACAUUCAUUAAAACUUGCCCUUGAAGGUGUGGAAAAGGAGAGAGAUUUCUACUUUGGCAAGUUGAGAGAGAUUGAGCUACUCUGCCAAGAACACGGGCAGGAAAAUGAUGACCUCGUGCAGCGACUAAUGGAAGUCCUCUAUGCUUCGGAAGAACACUUCUUGCAGGUGGAUGACGUCCUGGGGGGCCCUGCAAAGGAGAGAGCUGCCCCUGGCCUGCUGACGACCACAGAGGCCCCGGCUCAACAAGAGGGUCACCCGGAAGAGCCUGAGGCAGAGGACCAAGUCCACGAACAGCAGCCCCAGCAGCAGGAAGAGUACUGAAGCGUCCUGGCAGCUCUCGCCUUCAGUUUUGCGUGGGAACUUUUCUUCUGGAGAAACGUGUGGCCUCAAGCUCAACAGAAACCAGUUGUUCCCAGUCUGCCGUUACCAUCAAUCAACACACUGUUGCAUAUGCCAGCCACUGCGCUCGGUUCCCAUUUCCUUUGCCAAGACCCAUUAGCAGCCGGCCGUUCGGCGGCCUACCUGAGAGAUCACGGGGUCACAUAUCUUCUACUUCACCACUUGGCUGCUUGAGAUUGAUUCUGCUCUUUUCAUUUCUUUCCAGAACAACUCUCCCCUCCCCACUACCACUACCACCACCGCCACCACCACCACUCCCUUUUUAUCCUGGUGUGAAACAAUGGUAAUUUGAUAUAUGGUAUUUAUAUUGGCAUUUCUCAACCAGUGUCACUAGAUGUCACACAUUCGUGGUGCUUUGAUGUUUGCAAGUCUAACCUCUGAACAUAAAUUUGGUCAAAUAAUAAAUUGGAGCAAAGGGAAAGAGAUACUUGGAAAGCCAUAAGGACAGUAACUUGUUUUAUAGGGAAAAAGAGUUUCCCCCUCUCCUCCCAACAGUAAAGGGAAAAAAAAAAAAAUGGAAUCAAAACUAGGACUUCAGGGCCCAGCGGUAUUUCUCCCUGACCAUGGUAGACCACCACCCAGUUAGUUUUGAAAGACAUCCACUCAAGGACAACACCAUCUCAACUUUGCCCUCAAACUGCUUGCCCCUUCCCUCCCCACCCCCCAGGUUCUCAUGCUAGUUUCUUUCUCAGGGUCCUCUUUGGUGGGCAGCCACUCUUCCCCACAGUCCAGAGGGGAUCUGCCUAGGUACAGGUCCUCCUGCCUCUCUCCGGGUUUCAGCCCACAGCCUGUCCUCCCCACUAGGGGACUCCUACUACAGAAUGACUUCAGGGUGUGCGGCCCUGAGGGUCCCAGCCCUCCGUCGUGCUGCACGCUCGCUGGAAGUGAAGACCUCCUUCCUAGGAGCAUCAUUCCAAGGGAGACUCCUGAUUCUGAAGUCUGGUGUUGACACUGGAAUGACAGCACAGAAAAAUCUAGGACUCCCAAUACCUUCUGGAAUAAGGAAUUUCCCCUCCUUGUCCUUGACCUUUGAUAACCGUGGCAAUUGCUAAAUAGAGGAAACAUUAAUGAAUUAAAAAAGCAUUCCUUAUUUUUUUAACUAAUAUUUGCACAUUUUCUUAGUAUCUUUCCAAAUCUUCGCCUCUUCUAUUCCUUUGACAGAUGGUAUCCCUCCUCCUGGAUCAUUCGUUUCACUUGGUUUCUAACUUUAGAUUUACUUCACUUGUUAUUUGACUUAGCAGGUGCAACAACAACAAACAAGUGUGCCCGCCCCCACUUGCCUCUUAACUGAAAAGCUUAAAAUAAAUUUCUGAAAUAUGUAUCCUAAA